CGUCCUAUGGUCAGCUGACCGAGCAUCUCUGAGCGUCUUUAGGACAAACAGACGAAACGAGUCAAGAAAAGGGUAUUCCUGCGUUUUAUUUUCCCACAGAGGGAACCGUUUACCACUCAGCCCCACUGUUAGUGGGAAAUGUUCCAGUAGGCCGCUGCUUUUGACACCUCACCAUAAUGUCGGGGAACAACUUGGUUCUACCCAUAGUGCUCUGGGGCCGCACAGCUCCCACACAUUGCAUCAGCAGUCUGCUGGUGAUGGAUGACUUUAGCACCAUCAUCACCGGCUGCCACGAUGGACAGAUCUGUCUCUGGGACAUGACGCCUGAGCUGGAGAUUUGUCCCAGGGCAAUGCUGUUUGGUCACACAGCCUCCAUCACCUGCCUGUCUAAAGCGAGUGCAUGCAGCGACAAACAGUACAUCGUCAGUGCAUCUGAGAGCGGGGAGAUGUGUCUGUGGGACGUGAACGAUGGACGCUGUAUUGAGUUCACAAAGCUGGCAUGCGCUCACAUUGGCAUACAGUACUACCAGUUCACCAUCGGCACUCAGAGGGAGGGGCGUCUCCUCUGUAAUGGCCACUACCCAGAAAUCUUGGUGGUGGAUGCCACCAGCCUGGAGGUCCUGUACUCGCUGGUGUCUAAAAUCUCUCCUGACUGGAUUAGCUCUAUGAGCAUCAUCCGAUCCCACCGCACACAAGAGGACACGGUUGUGGCGGUGUCAGUGACGGGCAUCCUGAAGGUCUGGAUCAUAACACCUGAGGUCAGCAGAAUGCAGGACUUGGACCCUGUGUUUGAAGAGGAGUCCAAACCGAUCUACUGUCAGGGCUGCCAGAGCAUCUCCUUCUGCACCUUCACUCAGAGCAGCCUGCUGGUCGUGUGCUCCAAAUACUGGAGGGUGUUUGAUGCGGGCGAUUACUCCCUGCUCUGCUCGGUGUCCAACGACAACGACCAGUCCUGGACGGGAGGUGAGUUCAUCGCCGCGGACAAAGUCAUCAUCUGGACCGAGGAUGGUUGCAGCUACAUCUACAAGCUGCCAGCCAGCUGCCUGCCUGCUAGUGAGCAUUUCCGCAGUGAUGUUGGGAAAACCAAAGAAGGUUCGAUCCCUCCGCUGGUGUACAGCAUCGCUGACCGCUCAGACAAACAGAGGGAAGGAGAGGGAGGUGAGGAGGAAGAGAUGGUUUUGGAGGUGAAGUGCUUCCCUCCCAGCGGGUACGACUUGGAGCUCUACAUCCCAGAGCCGUUAUUCCACCACCGGCCUCUAGAGGCACCUCUCCUCAUCUGCCCUCCUGUGACCCGCUUCUUCUUCAGCCGGAGGGAGCCCUUCCAUAAGCUGCUGAUCCAGGGUGACUCGGCGGGCAGAAUGACCCUGUGGAGCAUCCCGGACACCUCGCCUCUGCAGCCACAGUCCACCUCCACAGAGCUGCAGGUGUCAUUCACCAUCAGCCUGCAGGAGGCAUUUGAUAAGCUGACCCCAGUGUCCUCGGGGAUCAUUGACCAGCUCAGCGUCCUGCCAGGCAAAGACGAACCCAUUAAGGUGACGGCCAGCGUCUACAUCCCCUCUCAGGGGCGCCUGGUGUGCGGGAGAGAAGACGGCAGCAUCAUCCUCGUUCCCGCCACUCAGACGGCCAUCGUCCAGCUGCUGCAGGGCGAGCACAUGCUCAGGAGAGGCUGGCCGCCUCACCGCACCCUACGAGGCCACCGCAACAAGGUGACCUGCGUCCUGUACCCAUACCAGGUCUCGCCACGCUACGACCAGCGCUCGCUGGUGUCUGGGGGAGUGGACUUCUCCGUCAUUGUCUGGGACAUUUUCACCGGGGAGAUGAAGCACAUCUUCUGUGUCCACGGAGGGGAGAUCACGCAGCUCAUCGUUCCGCCAGAAAACUGCAGCACUCGGGUGCAGCACUGCGUCUGCUCGGUGGCCAGCGACCACUCUGUCGGCCUGCUCAGUCUCCGGGAGAGGAAGUGCAUCAUGCUCGCGUCGCGGCACCUUUUCCCCAUCCAAGUCAUCAAGUGGCGCCCGGCAGACGACUACCUGGUGGUGGGCUGCUCUGACGGCUCUGUGUACGUCUGGCAGAUGGACACAGGAGCGUUGGACCGCUGUGUGAUGGGAAUAACUGCAGUAGAGAUCCUGAAUGCCUGUGAUGAGCUGGCUCCAGCUACUGUGGAUGCUCUGAGCCACUCGGCGGUGAACCUGAAACAGGCGAUGACCCGCCGCAGCCUGGCCGCACUGAAGAACAUGGCUCAACACAAACUGCAGACGCUUGCCACCAACCUGCUGGCUGCAGACAACGCUGACAAGGGCAACUUACCAAAAUAUUCCCACAAUGCCUUGGUGGUCCAGGCGAUGAAGACCAACCUGACAGACCCUGACAUGCAUGUGCUGUUCUUCGACGUGGAGGCGGUGAUCAUCCAGCUGCUGACGGAGGAAGCUCAGAGACCAAACCCCAUGCUGGUGUCCCCGGAGACGCUACAGAAGAGCCAAGCUGGGGCUGAUAAGGGCGGGUCCUUGUUGGCUCAUAAAAUCUUCAAACAGGUGAAGGAGACCAUGAAAGAGACCAUUAAGGAGCACCUAUUAGAUGAAGAUGAGGAUGAAGAGGAGGAGAUGAGGAGGCGCGAGGAGAAGUCCAAGUCUCUGAGUCUGCUGGAGUAUAACCUGACGAUGGACACAGCCAAGCUCUUCAUGUCCUGCCUGCACGCCUGGGGUCUCAACGAACAGCUGGACACCAUCUGUCUGGAGCGACUGGGCAUGCUCAGACCACACUGCCCCAUCUCCUUCGGCUUGAUCUCCAGAGGAGGCCACAUGUCUCUUAUGUUGCCCACCUUCAAGGAAUCUUUGCUUCGUCAGCUUUCCCUGGCGACAGGUCGGAAGCUAUCUCUGUCAGACAUAGUCGGGAAGGGGACAUAUGGUGUGUCGAGGGCUGUCACCACACAUCACCUCCUCUCCGUCAUCUCACUGGCCAACACUCUGAUGGGCAUGACCAACGCCACCUUUGUUGGAGAGCACAUGAAGAAAGCACCGGCCAGGCCUCCCAGACCAGGAGGAACCCCGGAGACUCCUCGCCGGACGCCUGCCGCCCCCCCUCAGCCCUCCAACCCGGCGCUACAGGCCCAGAUCAAACAAGCUGCUGUAGCUCCUGCAGCCAACACCGUUGCUGCUGCUGCCGCCUCUGCUGGGGCUCUGGGAGCCCCUGGGGGACUCCCUCAGGGGGCUCCUGGCUACCCCAGCCCCGGGCCUGCUUCUCAUAACAUCCUCUCAGUCAACGAAGGAUGGAGCCAGCUGGCGGCCAUGCACUGCGUGAUGCUCCCUGACCUACUUGGCUUGGACAAGUUCAGACCGCCACUGCUGGAGAUGCUGGCGAGGAGAUGGCAGGACCGCUGUCUGGAGGUACGAGAAGCAGCCCAAGCUCUUCUCUUAGCUGAACUGAGGAGGAUCGGCCAGUCAGGACGCAAAGAAACCAUUGACAUGUGGGCUCCAUACCUGCCCCAGUAUGUCGACACAGUCAGCUCCCCUGGAACAACCACCGACACUCCCCCUCCAGCCCUGCCGCCACCAGAGGCUCAGCCAGUAGAAACCAAGGCUCCUGAGGAGGAAAUGGAUGUCACUGAUGAUGACAUCACAGCAGGUUGUCUGUCUAACCUCCCGCCAAAUGCGAAGAAGAUCUCCAACUCUUACGAGGAGCGCCGUAAACAGGCCACUGCCAUCGUCCUUCUGGGAGUCAUUGGGGCUGAAUUUGGCGCAGAGAUCGAACCCCCGAAGGGCUCGGCCCGGGCUCGAGCUGGUGGACAGGCACCCGAAGGUUUUGGACUGACCAGCGGAGGAUCGUCCAACUACUCCCUGGCCAGGCACACCUGUAAGGCCCUGACCUUCCUGCUGCUGCAGCCCCCCAGCCCCAAGCUGCCUGCCCACAGCACCAUCCGACGCACCGCCAUCGAUCUGAUUGGUCGAGGCUUCACCGUGUGGGAACCGUACAUGGAUGUGUCGGCGGUGCUCAUGGGACUACUGGAGCUGUGCGCCGACGCCGAGAAGCAGCUCGCCAAUGUCACCAUGGGUUUGCCCCUCAACCCUCCAGCAGAUUCGGCCCGUUCAGCCCGUCACGCCCUCUCUCUUAUUGCCACCGCCCGGCCGCCUGCCUUCAUCACCACCAUUGCAAAAGAGGUUCAUCGGCACAACGCUGCUCAGGCGAACUCUCAGUCACAGCAGAACAUUCACACGACCACUCUGGCCAGAGCCAAAACAGAGAUCCUGCGAGUGAUCGACAUCCUGAUUGAGAAGAUGCCUGGAGACGUCGUGGAUCUUCUGGUUGAAGUGAUGGAUAUCAUCAUGUACUGUAUUGAAGGUUCUCUGGUGAAGAAGAAAGGACUGCAGGAAUGUUUCCCUGCUAUUUGCAAGUUCUAUAUGGUUGGUUACUGCGACCGCAGUCACCGCAUCGCUGUCGGAGCUCGCCAAGGUUCAGUGGCCCUCUACGAUGUCCGUACAGGGAAAUGUCAGAACAUUCACGGUCACAAAGGUCCAAUCACAGCGGUAUCAUUCGCCCCUGAUGGCCGUUAUCUGGCAACCUACUCCAGCGCUGACAGCCAUAUCUCCUUCUGGCAGAUGAACACCAGUCUGCUGGGCAGCAUCGGAAUGCUGAACUCUGCUCCUCAGCUUCGCUGCAUCAAGACGUACCAGGUUCCUCCGGUCCAGCCGGCCUCCCCAGGCUCCCAGAACCACCUGAAGCUUGCCCGUCUCAUCUGGACGUCCAACCGCAAUGUCAUCCUGAUGGCCCAUGAUGGCAAGGAGCAUCGCUUCAUGGUCUAAAUCCAAGCUGUAUUUACUUCUGACAGACCUGGGCCUGGUAGGAGGUUUUUCCUUUGAAGCAGACUCUAGAAAGCUACACUCUGGAUUUAUUUGGUGGUAAUUUUGGUAUUUGCAGUUCAGAUGAUAUUUUAGUGGCCAAGUCUUAGAGUUAAGAGAUUCGAAGUAUGAUCAAAACUAAUAGUUGAGGUCAAAAUCUGAAGGAAUGAUAAAAGCCCAGCUCAGGCCCAGGUUUGGACCAGAUUCAUGUUCUCAUUUUAUCUCCUGCAGUAAUCAUUGUAAGGAAAGUGACUGUGUGAUAUCUUUAUAGGCCGUGAUAGAAGCCUU